UGCCACCUCAUCGAGGCCAGGGACCUGGCCCCCCGGGACCUCUCGGGCACCUCAGACCCCUUCGCCCGGGUGUCGUGCUGCGGGCACACGUUGGAGACGGCCGUGAUUAAGAAAACCCGUUUCCCGCACUGGGACGAGGUGCUGGAGUUCGAGCUGGCGGAGGGCGAGCCGGAGGGGGCCAUGCUGAGCGUGGAGCUGUGGGACUGGGACAUCGUGGGCAAGAACGACUUCUUGGGACGGGUCGAGUUCUCCCUGGACACCAUCUGCACGGAGCCCACCAAGGGUUGGUUCCAGCUCCUGCCCUUCCCCAGCACCACCGAGGACCACGGGGGACGGCUGGGUGCCCUGCGGCUGGCGGUGCGGCUGGUGGAGGACAGGGUCCUGCCCCCCCCCUACUACCAGCCCCUCAUCCAGCUCCUCACUGAGCCCAUCCUCUGCCCAGGCCAGCCCCCCGCCGGCACGGCGCUGGCCGUCCUGGAGGAGGUGACCUCGGGGGAGAGCCGGCAGGACGUGGCCACCAAGCUGGUGAAGAUCUUCUUGGGGCAGGGGCUGGCCGUGCCCUUCCUGGACUAUCUCACCGCCCGCGAGCUGGCCAGGACCACGGACCCCAACACCCUCUUCCGCUCCAACUCGCUGGCCUCCAAGUCCGUGGAGCAGUUCAUGAAGGUGGUGGGGCUGCCCUACCUGCAUGAGGUCCUGAAGCCCGUGGUGAACCGCAUCUUUGAGGAGAAGAAGUACGUGGAGCUGGACCCCGGCAAGAUGGAGCUGAGCCGCAGCAGGAGGAUCUCCUUCAAGGGGUCCCUGUCGGAGGCGCGGGUGCGGGAGAGCAGUCUGGAGCUGCUGAAGGGCUACCUGGGGGACAUCAUCGACGCCAUCGUGGGCUCGGUGGAGAAGUGUCCCCUCGUCAUGAGGGUGGCCUUCAAGCAGCUCCGCAGGCGGGUGGAGGAGCGGUUCCCCUCGGCACAGCACGAGGAGGUGCGGUACUUCUCCAUCAGCGGGUUUCUCUUCCUCCGCUUCUUCGCCCCCGCCGUCCUCACCCCGAAGCUCUUCAGCCUCCGGGAGCAGCACGCUGACCCCCGCACCGGCCGCACGCUCCUGCUGCUCGCCAAGGCGCUGCAGAGCAUCGGCAACCUGGGGCUGCAGCUGGGGCAGGGCAAGGAGCCGUGGAUGGCCCCGCUCCACGCCGUCCUGCUGCCCAGCGUCACCCGUGUCAAAGCUUUCCUGGACAGCCUGGUCGCGGUGGAGAGCACGGAGGCGGGUGAGGGGCCAGUGCCACCGGCACUUUGCCGCCCCUCGGCCACCAUCAAGGAGGGGUACCUGCACACCCGCACGGCGGGGGGGCCCACCCUGCUACCCCGCUUCGCCUUCAAGAAGAGGUACUUCUGGCUCAGCAGCGAGGCCCUGACCUACUCCAAGUCCCCCGAGUGGCAGGUGCGCUGCUCCAUCCCCGUGCCGCGAAUGCGGGUGGUGGAGCGGGUGGACGAGGGCACUUUCCAGCACCCUCACGUCAUGCAGAUCGUGGCGCAGGACGGCGCGGGGCAGCUCCACACCACCUACAUCCAGUGCAAGAGCGCCCAGGAGCUGUGGCAGUGGCUCUGGGCGGUGCGGCAGGCCAGCAGCGCCAACGAGGCCAUGCUGCCCACUUGCCACCCGGGCACCUUCCGCGCCGGCCGCUGGACAUGCUGCCUGCAGCCCGCCUGCGCCGCACCCGGGUGCAGCCGGACCCACAGCACCGUGGCGUUGGGCGAGUGGAGUGACCCCCUGGACCCCGCAGCGGCGGCGCAGACCCUCUACGGGCACCUCCGGCGGGUGGGCACCCGGCUGUGGGCGGCGGGGGCCGAGGGUCCCGAGGGCAAUGCGGCAUCCGAGCCCCCCUGCCCGGGGCAGGCAGGCGGCCCCGCCGCGGGGCGGCUGCAGGCGGUGCUGCGGGACCUGGACAUCGCCCACGACGCCUUCGCCCGCCGCCACGGCUCCCCGGGGCCGCCCCCGAGCCCCCCCCCGGCCCCGGCGCCCACCACUUGA